GUCAGUAAAAGGGGCUGAAUGUGAUUAACAAGGAGCCAUCAGGCUGACAGAAUCAGUGGAUUUACCUUCCUUUUGUUUUUUUGCAAAGAAACCACAUCGAUGAGUUUUUAUUGAGGACAUUCAUGAACCGGAUCCUGUGUUUUAUCUGGAUAACAAGAACAGGGUAUGCUCAUUGGACAGCAGUGAUAUAUUUGAGCCCGGCCAACUGAUUCUGACUGUGACGACAUGUCUCUCCUCAAGCGGAGGAAAAUCAGGACUUUUGCUCUGCUGUUUUGCGUCAUUACAUUUGCAACAUUCCUGUUCAGCUUCACUUUCAGGGACCCCUCGCUCUACUUCUUCAAGCACGCUUUUCGCCUGUCGGAUAACUUUUUCUCCAAAGGACCAUGUGCCUGCCAGCAGUGCAUGACGGAGGCAGAAGACGACCCCUGGUUUGCAGAGCGCUUCAAUCAGUCCGCCCACCCUCUGAUGACCAGGGAGAACAGCAUCCUCUCUGAUGAAACCUUUAAAUGGUGGCAGUGGUUGCAGUCAGAGAAGCGGCCGGCCAACUUCACUGAAGUUGUGGAGGAGCUGUUCCAAGUAAUCCCAGACGAGGUGCUGUACAUGGACGCCAGCCCCAAGCGCUGCAGGACCUGCGCCGUGGUGGGGAACUCUGGGAACCUGAAGGGGGCCCGGUACGGUGGCAUCAUCGACUCCUGUGAUUUCAUCAUAAGAAUGAACCAAGCGCCCACCACUGGUUUUGAAGAGGAUGUGGGCGCCCGAACGACCCAUCACGUCAUGUAUCCAGAAAGUGCCAUAGACCUGGACAACACCACCAGUCUGGUGCUGAUCCCCUUCAAGACUCUGGACCUGCAGUGGAUCAUUAGUGCUCUGACCACAGGCACCAUUAAAUACACAUAUACAACUGUUUUGUCCAGGAUAAAGGCAAACAGAGAUAAGGUGUUGAUUUACAAUCCAACGUUUUUCAAAUAUGUCUACGAGUCUUGGCUUGAAGGUCACGGACGAUAUCCCUCCACCGGCUUCCUCAGCUUAAUGCUGGCUGUGCACAUAUGUGACGAAGUCAGUGUGUUUGGAUUCGGUGCAGACCAGUACGGAAACUGGCACCACUACUGGGAGGAGAACAGUUUGGCCGGAGCUUUCCGUCACACAGGAGUCCACGAUGGAGAUCACGAAUAUAAUGUCACCCUGCAGCUGGCAGACAAGCACAAACUCCGAAUGUUUAGAGGCAGAUGAUACCGAGCCCAUUAUGUGCAGCGGGAUGACCAACAGACGAACCUCAGCAGCCUUUCAAAUGUUUAUUUUUCUUUCGCCCUCACGUUGGAACAAGAGCGCUUUUGUCAUGACUUAGAAAGCAGUUCUGGCAUGUACUCUUCUGGUCUGUCCGGUUUCCCUUAUCUUCACCUGAUUCAGAUGCUAUCGACCAACCAACAGAGCUUCACUCUCUGCUCUGCGUGCCCAGACAAAGACAAUGACCGGCCAUGAACAAGACAAAAGCAACACUGCCGUAACCCUGCGUCUGAAAGUGAAGGUCUUGUUAUCAAGCAUGCUGUACAUGAACAGCUUUAGGACUAUUAAAUGUGCAUACUCUUUGUUUUUGUUUUUUUCUAUAAAUGGCUGUCAUUGUGGCCACCUUAAGCUUAGUAUAUUCGUGGUCACUGACAAUAGAUAAGCUCUUUUGACAGCAGGACAAAGUGCCAUGAAUACUCUGUUGUCGUAUAGACAUCAAGGAAGCAGGAAGUUGUUUACAUCUAAUUUGACAGAUAACAAACGGUAAAGCAUUUCAAUUAUCUUCGUGACUAUGCUGUAAAUAUCACUUCAAUUUGACUUUCCACCAUAAUGGCAGGUACAAGAAUCAGCUAAUUUUCCUUCACUCUGACCAAAUUCUUAUAAACUACCUGCACUACAGAGCAACUUGCAACAUGUUUGUCUUAUUGCAGCUUUUUAGUGUGACAAGGCCAAGGGACACUUUAAAUCAAGACCAAAAUCAGCCCCAAAAAACAUAUUUCACCAUAAUGUGACAUUCAGGGCCGUAGCCAGGGUUUUAGAGGUGCUCUUGAGUCCAAGUCCCCCAACGCACCGCCAACUUGAGUUUGAAAUUUGAAUGUAAUAUGAAAAGUUAUUCAAAUUUUCAUAUUUAAUUUAUUCGUUGCUUUGUUCUAUUAUAUUUCUGUGAAUUUUAUUUCUCAACAUUAUGGUCAUAAAUGAUGGUAAUGAAAUACUGAAUCAUUUUUUAAUUCAUUUCUGCAGCACUCUAUUUGGCCAUAGCCUGCUUAAAUCUUUUUUUGACAUACUAAAUAGUAUGGGUAUUGGUACUUGGUCUUGUGCUAAAUUGUUGAAUGUAAAAUCCCUCCAGAAAUUUCCUAGUAAAAGCGUUGAGGUCAUGAUCUAAACGCCCUCAGUACGACCCUAAUUACCCAUGAGCCUCUAGUAUUGAACAGAAGGCACAAACUGCAGCGGCAGCAAUCAGCACAGUGUUGAAGCCGUGUCAAAGGUCACAUUCAAGAAAUUUAUGAUCAGAGAUUAUUUUUGUUUACAUCUUUUUAUCCACAUGGCUCAUUGGUUGGUGAUGAAAAACAUUGUUUUGGGGCUGAUUGUUGGAAAUGACCUGCAGCAAAAGGUGACUUAAGAGUUGUGCUAUAGUGAAGCCAUUGAUGAGGUUUUCAUCAGUGAUAUGAAAAAAGAAUUAUGACAUAUAUUAUAGCCUAUACAGUGGUGCCUUAUCAUUAAAAUCAAUACUGUACAUUUCUGAUAUACAUUGUGACAUAUCUUAUGAAUAAAAAGUAGGUUUGAAGUGCCUUAAAUGGGAUGUUUUUUACCAUCAAAAUGCACUGUAUUGUAAUUAUUACCAUUACUAAAUUUGUCAGAAACUUUUACAAGCUUAUGUUGUUUAUGUGUAUACAAAGUGUAUCAUUUAAGGGGAUCUAUUGGCAGAAAUGUAGAAAAGUAUGUUUUCUUCAUCGUACAUUCACCUGAAAAUAAGAAUCGUUGUGGUUUUGUUACCUUAUUAUGAGUCAUUUCUGGUCGCCAUGUUCUACAACAGCCCAGAACGACCAAACCAAACAACGGCCAUUUUCAAAUUUUCACGUCGACCACCUUAAUUUUCCUACCUGCUUGGCACGCGGGAGAAGUUUCAGUUGGUUGCCGUCUGCAAACCCCACCACUAGAUGACACCAAAUCCUGCACACUGCAUCUUUAAAGGGUCAUAUACAUAAUGCAUGAAGUAUAAAAUCCUCAGUUAUUGUCAGUAAGAUUGUUUUGUAUAUGCCAUAGAACAAAAUGUUGGGUUGGCAACAUCUCUGGCUCUGCAGUUGUGUUGAAACACAGUUAUGUUUGUCCAGGCUUUAAAUCAUUGGCUGCAUUUGCUGAAAUUGUAGUUGAUCAAUGCUUUACGACAUCAUUUUCACCCAAAAACAUUGUAAACAUUGUAACUCUUGUCAGGAACUCAGCUUGGUGGUGCUCAUGAAAUAGGCUAUGAUUUGCUCCAUGUGCCUUGAAACAUAAAGGGACAUUUGCCCGGUCAGUGUCUUCAUGAAGUUUUUACUCUCAAUGUGAGAGCGAGAUGAUGAGAAGAAAAAAAAAACACAAUAUUUGUUCAAUUAAAAUUUGACAGCCACCUUGAAGACGACAGUGAGUAGUUUACAUCCGUUCUGCAGGGGACACUGUCACCUAGUGGACAAGAACGUGUGUCAGCAUCCACGUCACAUGAUUUGUCCAUUAUCAGAGCGAUGCGAUUUCUUUAUCAUUAACAGACACUUUUAAAACAGUGUUCAAACAUUAUUACCGAUCGCGUCACACACCUGUAUUAGAUCUACAAUUUCAUUCAGUUAAGGUCUUAAUUGUUGUAUAGUUAUAUAAAACCAAACAAAGCAGCACCUUCACAAAAUUCUCAUUUUCAUUUUCAUUGUGUAUUUUCUCACUUUCAGGUCAUUGAUACUGACUUGUGUGGGAGGGAUGGAUAAUGGAAAAACUUGCAUUAUUCAUUUAUUCAGUUGUCAGUGAACUCCCACAAUACAAAAAACACAUAAUUGGAGAUUUUUUUGCAAGAAUCUUUGAAAAGGACAACCUUUUUUCAGUGAGACAUGAGACAUUUAUUCGUAAAUACUAAUACAAAAUGAAAAUAGAACUAUAUAAAUAUAUAGAAUUAAAUCUAUAUAAAUCCCUCUCUCUC